CAAAAGAGUUAGCUACUUUGAAGUACAUAUGUAAGACAUGAUACAUCGAUAGCAUGUCUUUUGGUUAUGGACCAAUCCCCUAAAUCCUCCUUCCACCACUCCUUUAUGAUUUAUAAAUCAUAUAUACAAGAACAUUGCGUUUUAAACUUCAUAUCGAUUUCAUAAAGACCUCAAUUCCAUUCAUCAUGGCUUUGAUGAAUCCUAAAAUAAGUCCACUUUCUUGUUAUGCUUCUACAAAUCCAAACAACCUUCCAAAGUUUUUGGUUUCAAAAUUUCACAGCACGGUAGCUUCAUUUUCUCCUUCAAAUACAACUAAAAGAUCGAGUCCGAGCAAAGUUUACCAUCCGGUUUCAAACUAUUCGACGCGGUUUGAUCAUAAGAUAUCCAUUAAAUAUUUACAAGAACUGCAUAUUAAGAAGGUCAAGAAUAUACUAAUUGCAAACCUAGAUGAUCCAUUAAAGAGCUUAGAUAUGAUCAAUAACAUUCAAGGUUUAGGCAUCGAUCUCCAUUUCUUACACGAGAUCGAUCAAAUCCUUCACAUCGUUUACAAAGAAUUCAACCAAAACAAAGGAUGCUAUGGCCGUGAUCACCGUGAGGUUGCACUUUGCUUUCGAUUGCUGAGGCAAGCAGGCCAUAACGUCCAAGAAAGUAUUUUCAGAAACAUCCUAGACAAGAAGACUGGAUUCAAAGACGACCUAGAAAAUGAUGUGAAGGGUUUAAUAGAAUUGUAUGAGGCUUCCCAGCUAGGUGUAGAAGGCGAAGAAAUACUAGAUAGCUUGAGAGAGUGCACGUUUACGCGUCUUAAUGAACUUUGUUCCGGUCGAGGAAGUCAUGAAGAACGGGAGAUAAUGAAUUCUUUGGCACAACCUCGCCACAAAACCUUAACAAGAAUAACCUCCAAGAGGUUCAUAAGCCUAAUCAAAAUCGUGGGUGAAGAAGAUAAUGAAUGGUUACAAUCUCUACUACUAGUGGCUGAGAUUGAUUCCAUCAUGCUGAAGUCAUUAAUUCAAGAAGAAAUAUCUCAAGUAUUCAGAUGGUGGAGAGAGCUUGGUUUAGAUAAAGAGCUGCGGAAGGCAAGAAACCAGCCACUGAAAUGGCAUACAUGGUCCCUGGAAAUUCUUCAAGAUCCAUGCUUUUCCGAGCAAAGGCUUGACCUUACCAAACCCAUAUCACUCGUUUACAUUAUAGACGACAUAUUCGAUGUCUAUGGAGAGCUAGAAGAACUCACCAUCUUCACACAAGUUGUGGAAAGUGAAAACAUUUUUUAUAGAUGGGACCCUGAGGGGCUUGAAAAGUUACCGAGAUACAUGAAGAUUUGCUUUGAAGCUCUAGAUACAAUUACAAAGGAGAUUAGUAUGAAAAUAUACAAAUCACAUGGUUUAAACCCAACAGACUCUCUGCGAAAAUCGUGGGCUAGUUUGUGCAGAGCAUUCUUGGUCGAAGCAAAAUGGUUUAAUUCGGGUUACUUACCAAAUUGUGAGGAGUAUAUGAAGAAUGGGGUUGUGAGUUCAGGUGUUCACUUAGUGAUGCUCCAUGUUUACUACUUGUUGGAGGAAGAAAUGUCAACAGAGAAAGUCGAACUAAUAGAGAGCAACCCGGAGAUUGUAUCUUCUGCAGCUACAAUUCUCAGGCUCUGGGAUGAUCUCGGAAGUGCCAAGGAUGAGAACCAAGAUGGGAUUGAUGGAUCAUACAUAGAGUGUUACCUGAACGAACACAACGGGUCAACUGUUGAUGAAGCAAGAACACAUGUUUUUCAGAAGAUAUCUAAAGCAUGGAAACGCUUGAACAAGGAGUGUCUGAAUCCAAGACCAUUUUCAAGAGUCUUCUCAAAAGCUUGUCUAAACAUUGCAAGAACAGUUCCUUUAAUGUACAGCUACGAUGAAGAUCAAAAACUUCCCGGUCUCAACGAAUAUCUCAAAGCGUCUAACAUAAAAGUUCCAUUUGACGCUCUGUAAUUAAGCAUUUUUCAUAAUAAAGGCUUUCUUUUUGCUAAAAAGAA